UCUCACCCGUUGUCGCAGCUCCUGCUGCACCGGUGCUGCUGUACAACCAGCUGAGUACCUCUGCACACGCGUCUCGUACGCAAGGAGACCCUCCACAAUGGAGCCACUACAAAGUGUGGAUCCCAACGUUGACACCCACAAACGCAAAGUAUCGCAAGUUUGCGCAAUGCAGUGCAGCAACACGAAGCGUUGGAGGCUCAGAUGCAUGUAUCACCCACAGCCACAUGCCACGGGCAUUCGCAAGAACACCGCCUUCAAGUAUGAGACGAAGGCGGAAGCGCUCGGAGACGCGGACAACUGGACAAGUGAGCUGGAGAAGCCCAUGCGAAGGCGGAGCUUGUCGCCCAAGCACGGCACGAUGCCGAACUGGGAAGUCGCCAAGAAGAGUGCCAUCCAAAAACAAGCGGAACGCGCCAGAACUUUGAGGGGGUUGCAGCAGGAGGCCAGAAUCCUGAUGCGCCUACGCUGCAGAAGGUUGCGUAACGCCGGACUCGGGCGCCGGACGUUUGCGUACGUCAGGCGCGAUCGCAAAUCAGAGCAGCGGAGGAGACACAUGGAGCGGCGGGUUGCAGAGUGCGACCAGGAGGAUGCUGCAAUGGACGCACAGGCCGUGGCUAUGUUCUCCACGCUAACGAAGGGGCAACACGUCACGCUGCUGGAGCCUCACGAGCAGCCACCCCCGGUGACUGAUGCACCCACGAGCGACAUCAGCGUGGCCGACCCUCCGGAGGUUCUCGCCGCACACGCAGCGGCCGCGGUGUGACCCUCAGCAAACCGGUCCAUGCAUGUUGGCAUGUUCGCGUUCUCGGUGCAUGAAUCAACAGUGUUUUAUCACCCAGUUCAGCUGGCACAAGGCCGCGCUGCGAUGAUAAAAAAUCUCUCUUCGGGGCAGCACGGUCGGUGUUUCCGGCUAAUAAGUAGGUAGAUUCUCUCCAGACCCCAACAUGCCGGUAACAUGGCUGUUUGUGAUUCUUUCAUGAACCAACGACACCGUUGUAGUGCAAUGAAGCUUCGCAUGGAGUUUAGUCGACAUCGCCCAUAAACUUGCCUAAUACGGUUGAAAAAUGGUC